AUGUCUGACGAUGUAGAGAAGUGCGAAGAUAAUGUUGAGAGUGAUCAACAACAAAGAAGGGAGUGGGAUUGCAACAGUAGCUCAGGUGGAUCUGUAUACCAAGAGUUUCAUGGUCGUCAGGAAGAAGCAAUGUAUUCUACAGAUGACGAAUUCUUGGACGCUACUGAAACGAUACGUUCACCGUUGCUUUCGGAGGACCCAGAAGAGCAGCUUUCGGCACCCAUACUGAAGCAGUUAAGACAAGAAAAAGAACAGACACGAUAUAUCGUAGUAGACAUGCUAACAGAUUCUGAUUCAGUUAAUAACAUCAUUGAACAGCGUAAACAAAAUGUUGAAACUAUUACAAAACUACCUUGUGUAAGAACUUCAAGUAGUAAUAAAAAAGAAUCACAUUGCAUCCAUAGCUCUGAAGAAGUACUAAAUGUAAUUACCCAGUCAUCAGAUCAACAAAACAUAGCAGGUCCAAAGACUGAGAAAAAUAAAUUUUCUAGGACAUUAAGACUUCCUUCUUCAGUGGCAUUGCCUACUGUUAAACCUGAUCGUCCUGCAAGAGGUGAUGGACGUCCUCCAGUUGGCGUUUCGAAAAUUCCAAUUCCAGUGUCAUCAGUGACCAAACUACAACAGAUCAGCACAACAUCAGAGCAGAAUUCAUCUGAGUCAGAAAGUUACCAGACAAAACCUAAUAAACAAUCUGGACCUAAAAAAAAACCACAUACUCCCAUAGAGAUGCCAAAUAAAGAAAAAGAAACAGAAGCUAAAGCAAUUCCUGAAUCUUUAAAUGAAAUGAAUACGCCAGAAUCUGUAUCCUGUUAUUCUACUGCAUCAUCGGUACCAGAACCAACUGAACCAGUUAUCACCAGCAAACAAUCAGCUAAACCACCCUGUAAAGCUUUGACUAGACCAUCAUCAGCAUUACAAAACGAAGAUAAAAUGGAUACAGGCAAUGAAAAUACAGAUACAAAUUCAAAAACAGAAAAUCAAAUAAUGGAAGAAAAAUAUAAUUUGCCUUUUGCUCCCGAGGAACUUAUUAUUACAAAAGAUGAAAGGAAAUUAUCUCCUGAAAAGCCGAGAAUAAAACGUACUCGAUCUCAGAAUAAAAGUAUUGAAGAUGAACAAGAUGCUUUUACACCAAAUGACACAAGUCAAGUUAAUUCAAUAAAGGAGGGAGCAGAAACCAAAAGAAUGCGUGUUGCAAACAAACCACCCUCCAGAGAAGAACCAGAAAAGUGUUUUGUAAAACCACCUGAGCCUGCUCUUAAAGAUAAAAGGAAAAAAGAAAUUGAGGCUGUCAGGCACAGAUUGGCCAAGGAUAGACUUAAUUUAAUCAACAGCAGAGAAAGAGAUGAAGUAAGUGCUGGUAGGCAAUGCCUUUUGGUCCUUGAUAACAAUAAUGAACAAAAAACUCAGGAUUCAUUAAAAUCCGAGAGUAUUCAGAGGUCAGCUUCUAGGAAAUCAGAUAGGGGUACACCACAAAUUGCAAAUAGGGCACGAGCAUCCCCAAGCAAUGCAGGUUCAGAAAAAAAUAUAGCAAUGCCUGAGAAAGUUUCUUCAUCUCCAAGGCAGUUAUCACCCAUAGUAAUGAAUAUGAGUAUUAUAGAAAAAAGACGACAAUGGCGGCAGUCCAGAGAGGCAGUGAAUGCUGAUCAGAAAUCCAAUACCAAGAGUAGCAAUAUGCUUGAUAUUAAGACUCCACUAUUUAAAUCAAACCAACUGAAAACAAAUCCAUUAGGACAGCGGCAUCAAGAAAAUGUAUCCAAUGCACCUAUGAAAAGUGCACUGGAGGAUGAAUCUCUUAAAAGAAAAACCACACUUGUUGAAAAGCGGAAAAUGAUGAUGAAACAAAAAGAAGCCACAAAUAAUUUAAAUAAACCAGCAACUGGAGAUGCAGUGUCACAGCGAGCUGGAAAAGGCUUAGAGCGAGCAAGUAGAGAGAAACCAUUAUUAGCAAGUCAAAAACAAUCAAACAGUGAUAUCCGAAAACAGUCCAUCAGUAAAUCAACUGAAAAGACAGCGAUCUUACAACCAAGCUUCACGAUGCAAGAAGUGCAAGAGGAAUUGGCAGGGACAGAAGUACAAGCCAAGCCCUCAACUACUUCAACUAUAAAUACGAAAGUAUCCUUGGCUUCAAUGCAUAAUGUUUACAAAAUGCACUUCAAAAGAUGUGAAGAACAAGUCAGUGAAGUAAAAAGAGCUAAGGACAAAUUGAGCUCGAAUUUGGAAAGACUUGAAGCACUAAGAAGUCAAAUGAUUCUGAAGUUUGGAGAAGAUACAGAGGAUUUCAUACCCCCUCUAUAUGUAGUGGAAAGUGUUGUACAAAACUCGCCUUUGGUCAUGACAUCAGCUAGAGGUAUGAAUACAGAAGUUCUAGAAGAGGUUGCUGAAUCACUUAUCCUACUUGGAAAUAAUCAACAAUUAAAACAUGACAUAGAAAAUCUACGGAUGCAACUUGAUGAAGCAAAGGAAAUUGGAUAUGCAAAUAAAAAAGAAGAUGAUGUGAUUGCAGAUCUAAAACAAAGAAUUCGAGAAAUGUCAUUAACUCUAGCACUUGCUGAAAAAAGACAGGAGACUCUUGAAGAAAAAAUGGAAGGAAAACAAAAGGAAAUCAUUUCACUCAAUAAUGAAAACAAGCAAAUGAAUGACCUUUCCAGGCAAAGAGACCAGCAACUAUCAGCUUUGAGGAAACAGAUUGAAGAGAAAAAUAGAGAGUUGGAAAGUGUUCAUAAGAAGCUUGCUGAAGCAAAUAAAAAUUUGCAUGAAGAAUCAUACAACAGAGAGUUGAGUAACAUUGAACAUCAAAAACUAAUGGAGGAGAAAAAUGAAAUUGAAAAAGAAAUGCAAGAAAUGAAUGAUAGGUUUACAGAUUAUGAAGAAAGAGAGGAAUGCCUCAACACUAUACUUGAAAAUGAAAAGAAAAAAAACAAAAAAUUAGAAGAAUUAUUAGGUCAAAAGGAGGAUGAACUCAAUGUAAUGGAAAAGAAAUUGUUUGAAAUGGAAGCCUCUUCAUCAAGCAAUAUGAUGAUUGUUAAUGACCAACUUAAAAAAAAAGAUAGAAUAAUACAAGAACUUGAGGUCAUGAAAGCAAAUUUGCAGGGUCAAAUAAGAGAACUGUGUUGUUUGCUGAGUGAUAUGUUUGCUUUAAGAGGAAUAGAGUACAAUACUGAUCAUAUUCAUUCCUCGAUCUCUGCUGGAUCAAUACCGCAACUAAAGGAAGAGCUAAUGAAAGUGAUGGAAGAACGAAUAGAGGAAGGAAACAAAGCAAUUAAUGAAGCAAGAUCAAAAAUUGUUGAAUUACAAAAUCAAGUGAAAAUUUUACAAAUAGAGCUUGAAGACAGUAAAAUGAUGUCAGAAAGACUUUCAAAUGUUAUAACUCAUCAGAAACCUUGGGAUGCAGACAAGCCAUGGGAAGAUCACCAGAGACCGUGGUCUUCUGAUAUGGCCUCAGCAAGACAUGCAGUUCAUAACAGUAUAAUAGAAAAUUCUCUUCGGGACAACAAAAGCUUCAGAGAUGGGGAUAUCCACAGUCUAAUGCCUUCCAUAGCCAGUUCAUUUGUUUGUUCUGAUGCUACAAUGGCUAGGAAUAAUUUCAAUGAACUUUUUGGUUUAUUGGAAAGAAAAAGAAGACAAUUGUUACAAUUAGAGAGGAAAUAUCAGGACAUGGAGGAAGUUCAUUCUCACUGUGCACAAAAGCGUUCACGUAACGAAACAAGGAUAGCUCAACUGGAAAUGAUUGCUUUUGAAAAUUUUUCUAAAGAAAUGAGAGGUAUAAGAACUUGUAAUAGAGCAAUUCUCAAAAUUUAUGAGAGGCAAAGAAGUUUUGGUAGGUUCAGUGCAAACUACUAGAUGCUCAUUUUUCUGAAAUACUGACAAAUAAAAACAAAGAAAAAUAAUUUAUGUGUGUGAUAUUUUAUAUUUAUUGCUUUAAUUAAUUAAUUUUUUAUAUUCUAUAAAAU